AAUAAUAAAUCUGUAAACUUUUCUAUUAAAAAGUUCAGAAACAAUUGCUUUAAAAUUAAUUAAACAUAUAUGAUAAGGAAGUGAACUUUCACUUAUAAGCCUGUCUUUAGAUGACCACUUGACGCAUUGACAGUUGUAAAGGCGUCAUUUCACUACACUCAGUAGACAAAAAAGGGCAUUACAUUUGUGUAUGUGUAUUUAUGUAAAAGGUGCUCAAAUAUAAUAUAAAUCAUUUAAUGAGCAAAAGCAUGAGAGUGCGAUCGCUAUUCCUGUGAAUGUGCUGUGCAAAUGAAAAAUUAAUAAGAAUUUAUGCCACCGAAUUGUUGACCAAUAUUCGCGUAAAGGCUGAGUAAAUAGCUACGAUUUGUUAUGGCUAAGAAUGACUGGUGGUUCACUGGUGCUUGGGUGAUCCUGUUAUUAUUAAUGCAAACAUGCAAAUCAUUAGCUAAUAACGCGACACCGCAAAGUGCUAUAUCCUCAGAGCAAAGUGAUGAGCAAUUGGUGCGGGUUAAUAAAUGUUGCGAAAAAUUUGAAAUAUACAAUGAUUCGGAGUGCACGCAAGUAAAUGAAAUUGAUUAUUUUCGACCUGUCUUCACCAGCUAUAAAGGGGAACAUAAUGUAUCGGUUAAAUAUAAAUUUGUUAUCGGUUUGCCGGCAUGUGGAUCCACACAAUCUUGGCCUAUUUGUCAUUAUCAGGGUAGCCCAGAUAAACUAGUGCUAUUGGACGACGGCAAGUUGCGUCACUAUACCAUUACACAAGAGGAGAAGGAGGAGGAAUAUUCGGACGACGAGCAAUUUGAUGAUACUCAUAAGCCGUUAUUUUAUGACUAUCCUCAAGGUCAAUACUGCAUUGAAAGGGCCGUUUCUACCAUUGGUAGUCAUCGACAAAUUUUAUAUGCUAGCGUAUGUUUGGCUAAAGACAAGGAAGAUUCUGGAUUCCUUCUGCGCAAAGUUGUAAAUCCUAUAUUUCACGGAAUUUCAAUAAUUAUUUUACUUUUGAUCGCCAUCGUAUAUUUUGUAUUGCCUACUUUAAGGGAUUUAGUAGGUAACAUCACCACGACAAUAUCAUUAUGUUUGAUGGUUGCCCAGGCUGCCGAUCUUGUUUGCAUUUUCACCGAAUUUACAAAUCAUGUCAGCUUCAUUACCGCUGACAUUAUACUUUACUUUAGCAUUUUGGCAGCGUUUUUCUGGCUAAAUAGCUUUGGUUAUUAUAUUUGGAAAACGUUUCGUUCUCGCAAUGUAUUUUUACGCGUCACAGAUGGGCGAAAAUAUUGUUACUAUUCGUUUUACGUUUGGGGAUCGACCGCGGCUUUGGCAAUAACAGCUGUCUUCGCACACUUCUUUUUGGAUAUAGAUUCGGACAAAAAGCAAAAUUUAAUAGCUGAUCAAGAGACGAUAGGAUGGCUGGGUAUUGCGAUAUUUUUUUCGCCUAUUGCGUGCACAAUACUUGUUGAUGUCUUCUUUUACAUAACGACUUUAAAAUUGAUAAACCGCCGUAAUGUUUAUGGUCGUAUACAGCACAAAUUGAGAGCCAAUUUUAUUAUGUUUGCUCUAAUACUAUUGGUUAUGACAAUCAAUUGGUUGUUUCUGUGUUUAUCAUGUUUGCAAUAUGAAGGCCUCCUGUACGCCCACAUUAUAGUCAACGCUUUGCAGGGACCACUAUUGCUCUACAUAUGUGUUAUACGUCAGAAGCAUGUUACAUUUCUCUUGAAGAAGUCAUGUUGUUAUAACGAACCACCGUCAGCUAGCGAUUGGGGAGAUGAAAUGCAUUAUAUGAACGGCAAUAAUUACUGAUAACUUUUAUUUUUACAAAUGACUAAGAAGAGCAACCUAACAUAUUUGGUACAUAGUACUCAUAAAAUUCCACCUUUGUGCCGUUAAUAUGUAAUUAGAAAUAUUUAAGCAGGAUUUUAGUGUAAUUACUACAGACUUCCCUUUCUUUUUAAUGUACUUAAUAAAAAUUAAAAAGACUUU